AACCGAAAGGAUGAAAUCACUGACUCUGAUCUUGGGCCUUUGGGCUCUUGCAGCGUGUUUCACACCUGGUGAGAGUCAAAGAGGCCUCGGGGGACCAUAUCCACCUGAACCACUGUCUCCUUCUCCUCCUCCAUCACCUUUUCCGUUUGGACCAGGAUUUGUUCCACCACCCCAUCCUCCACCCUAUGGUCCAUGGAGAAUUCCACCACCCCCUCCUCUACUCUAUGGUCCAGGGAGAAUUCCACCACCUCCUUCUCUACCCUAUGGUCCAGGGAGAUUUCCACCAUCUCCUCCUCUACCCUAUGGUCCAGGGAGAUUUCCACCACGCCUUUCUCCACCCUAUGGUCCAGGGAGAAUUCAACCACUCUCUCUUCCUUCCCCUUAUGGCCCAGGUUAUCCACAGCCACCUUCCCAACCAAGACCCUAUCCACCUGGACCUCCAUUUUCCCCUGUAAUUUCUCCAACUGAUCCUGACCUCCCUAAUCCUACACCCUAAAUACAGACAACUGCAACAGGUGCCACCACCACUGCAAAAGGCACCACUACCCUCAUAACCACUGCUUCUACUCUCCAAAAAUAAGAAUUUCAACACUACUUCCAAGAGACUUUUAGAUAAAAUGGCUUUCAUUUUUGAAUGAGAAUAAACAUUUCCAAAGCAUUGCGUUUUGGGAGAAAUAUCUUAGAAAUUGUGAAACAAUCCCCAUGAACCUUUAUAUCAGUAGGGAAAAAUAAAGAAUUGAGCAACAAUAUG